AUGGGCUCAGGAAACUCUCUCGAUCACAACCCGCCCAACGCAUCCCGCCACAUCACUUCAGGUGGCUCGGACUGGCUGUGGGCGGUGACUGCCCUAAUGGCACUCUCGGAUUUGGCUAUGCUCACCUGGGCCUUUAGCAGGGCAAGAGGAACCCGUCUCUUCCAUCAGAUCGGUAUCAUCAUUCUCACGACCGCCACAAUCGCCUACUUCGCCAUGGCCUCUGAUCUCGGCGCCGCCCCUGCCGAGGUCGAGUUCGGUCGCGGUACGCCAGGCGUCACCCGUCAAAUAUUCUAUGUCCGCUACAUCCAAUGGUUCAUCACGCUCCCCCUCCUGCUGCUCGAGCUCUUGCUCGCGACCGGCCUGACGCUCUCCGACAUCUUCACGGCCAUCUUCAUGGGCUGGGUGCUCGUCAUCUGUGGCCUCGUAGGCGCGUUCGUCAUCACCUCGUACAAAUGGGGCUUCUACGUCAUCGGCGUCUUUGGCCUGUUCUACAUCUGGUGGGUGCUCCUCGGGCACGGCCCGCGCUCGACCUUCGCGGCCGGUGGCGCGGUGCGCUCGGGCUACCUCCGCUGCGCGUCCUACUUCUCCUUCAUCCUCAUGCUCUACCCCAUCGCCUGGGCGUGCUCCGAGGGCGGGAACGUCAUCUCGCCCACCGGCGAGAUGAUCUGGUACGGCAUCCUCGACCUGUUCGCGGGCCCGAUCUUCCUCUUCUUCUUCCUCUACGGCCUCCGCGAGGUCGACAUGGCCGCGUUCGGGCUGACGUCGGGCAAGUACACCGAUACCGGGUACGGCGCUGGUUAUGGCGCGGGCCCAGGGAUGGCGACGGCAGGCGCGGCCAACGGCGUGACGACGGGAGCGGCGCCUGCUGCGACGAACGGCGUUGCUACCGCUCCUAGUACCACUGCUGCCGCCCCUGGUGCCACCGCUGCGAACCAGGUGUAA